AUGGUAUCAGUUAAACGGGAAUUUGGCGAAAUUAUUGAUAGUGAUGGUGAUGUUGAUCACGAUUCUAACAAGGUUGGAAAGAUAGAUGUUCAACAGAAAAGAUCGGUACCGAAGGUAUACCUUGAUCAGAUUGAUAUGAAAAAAUUAGAUUUUGAUAGAGAAAAGGUAUGUUCAGUUACUUUAUCGCGUUCUAACGUAUACUGUUGCUUAUCCAGUGGGAAAUAUCUUCAGGGUAGGGGUCAAAAUUCUGUUGCCUUUAAACAUGCCAUUGAGUCAGACCAUCAUGUGUUUUUGAACCUGAAGAGUUUGAAAGUAUAUGUAUUGCCCGAGAAUUAUGAGGCAGAUGUGGUUCCAGGAUCUUUGCUUUCAGAUAUAGUAUAUGCUGCUAGUCCCAGGUUUCAUAAUAGCCAAUUACAAACGUUCCCCAAAGUUUGUCACGAUUUGAAUGACAAGAGGUAUUUGAAUGGGUUCGUUGGUAUGAAUAAUUUGACUCCAGAUGGUUAUUCCGUAGUAGUGUUGCAAGCACUGGCCCAUGUGCUGCCAAUCCGUGAUUACUUCCUGUUAGGGGAAAGUUCCAGUGGUUAUAAUACUGAUGAAAAUGAUGGUCCGGGUUUAAUAGGCUCUCUGUCCUUGUUAAUACGGAAACUAUGGAGUUGUAAACUGCUACGAAGGAAUAUCUCACCCCAUGAACUCUUAAACUAUAUAUCACUUGUUUCAAAGAGAAGGUUUCCGGUGGAUGAUUCUAGAGAUCCUCGUAGUUUCCUACUAUGGCUGAUAUCUUCACUCUGUGCGAGUAAAGAACCUUCUUUGGUACGGACUGUUACAGAUCAGUUCCAGGGCCACGUUGAAAUCACUUCGACUCCAAUAGAAACUGUUGUUGAUGAGAAGGGGAAAACUAUGAAGUUUAAGAAGUUAGAAGCUGCCACCACUACACAAAAGACAAAAUUCUGGUUACUUUCAUUGGACUUACCACAAAUGAACCUUUUCAGCAACGGUAACAGUGCUAACAGUGUAUCUCAGACGAAACUGGAAACACUUUUACAAAAAUUCAAUGGCGAAACAGAAUACCAUACCAAAGAUUCCAUCAAAACGUACCGUAUAUUGAAGCAUCCUAAAUUCCUAAUACUUCAUUUCAACAGGUUUGACAAAGGCUUCACUUCCAUUAAAGAUAGAAACAAAACUCUAGUAGAGUUCUCUGAAAAAUUAGAAUUCAGUGGUGUACACUAUAAAUUACUAGUAAAUAUCACCCAUGAUUGCGUAAUACAAAUGAAAAUAUCGGAUACAGAAGAUUUGUUAGCCAGCAGAUGGAAAGUACACCUCGCUGAUACUUUACGCGACCAAUGGUACGAGUUUGAUGACAUUGAAGUGAAUAAGGUUGAGAAAGAGUUUCUUUUCCUUAAAGAAUGUUACAUUCAAAUAUGGCAACGCGUUUAG